UGAUCUUACUAUCUCUCAUCAAGGCUUGAAUAAUGCUCAAAAUUCGAACUUCCGGAUCCGACUUACCAAACCAAAAAAAAGUCAAACCGAGGUACCUGAUAAGGCUAAUUUGACGCGCGCCCGACGAGGAUUGAAGGCUGAAGAUCCGUUAUCCGAUUCUGAACAGUAA